GUCAUCACUGCGUUCCCCACAGAGCACUUUGUCCCUCCUACAACAACAAUUGCGCAAUGAACACAAGCAGCAUAUCACCUUUGCACGGUAUACUCUUUUCUCAUUCAUUCAGUUCUACCUUGCAAAGGCCGCGACCACCAUCUUGACCGUCCGCAUCCCAGCCAACGCGCCGCCAGCCUCUCCCGAAUCGGCCCAUCGCUGAGAUCUGCAUGCACUACACCAUCAUCCUACUUCCUACCACACGCUAUACUUCUCGAAGAUUUCAUCCUCCUGAGCUACGGCUUAAAUCCCAAUCUUUCGCCAACAUCAUAGCUUCACAUGUCUGGGGAAGGCGUGGUGCAACAGGCGCGUCGGACGCCUCGAGCCAGGCAUAAACACUCGAGGAGUGUUACCGGUCCUGUGUCUGACAGCGAGGGCUUCAUCGCACAGGCGGGCAACAGUCACAAAAAGAGCGGGCGGAGAAACCAGCAGGCGCACCAUGUCGCGCAGCCGGUGCCGGCUCCAGCGUGGCAAGACAGCGAUCCUUCGCAAAUGGGUGGCUUCUUCGAUGCACACGGCAAUUUCGUUAGUUCCUACCAGCAUUCAGCGGGGCAACAGCAGGUACCUGGCAUGUUCUACAUGAGCGACGGGGUACCUUCGCAUGCAACACAUCAGAAAAAAAAAGGGCGUCAGAGCAGGAACGGGCGCCACUUGAACGGCACCAACACGCCUCCUCAUGCCAGCUCUGACAAUGAGCGUAUCCUGUCCGCAACCAUGUUGCAAUCCAUGACGCCGGCCAAGGCAGCCGCAUAUGCAGGCCCAACCUUCCAUGCAUCGCCCGCAGCAAGCAAUCUUCCCAUUCCCAAGUUCUUCUCUAAAUCCGUACCCAAUGAUAGCACACAGGUUGGUCUUCGCGCACGUCUUGAGCAAGAACCAGACAAGAGCGAUGGCAGUGACAAGGCCGAAUCACCUCCCGCCGUGCAACCGGUAACCGCCGCGACACGAUCCACGCCAGACCAUGCGAAUGAAUCGCCUCUUGACUUCCUCUUUAAAGCCGAUAAGGAGCAGAAGGCCAAAAAGCAGGGCUCGAGCAUUGCCACUACGCCCCCGGUCAACAGAACUGAAGGCGCGAGCUCGGGAUCCGCCCGAGCCAAUCCCUGGCAGUCGAUAUAUGGCACAGGUCCCCGCAACCAUCAGAGACAGUCAUCCACCGGUUCCGGCAGAGAGAUGUUCAUGAUGGAGCUUGACACUCGAGACGCAUCGCCCAGGCCGAAGCACAUCAGUCCACCACCUCCUUUGCCCCGCAUUCCAAACCGAUCUGUGAGUGAUUUCGCCGCGUUGCCGCAGCUCUCUCCACCAAACAACGGCCACAAAGGACUACAAAUGCCCUCUUUUCCGCCUGUUUCCCAGACGGGGACAAUUCCCGCGCCAGCCAUACCGGCUUCAGAACAGCGGUCUACAAUGGACCACUCUUAUUCACCGUUCAAUCGUGCGGGUCCUUAUCCUACACCCCACAGCAGCGAAUCUACACCAACUCACCAGCAGGGACUAUAUCCACCCCAGAAUGGGCUUCAUUACGGCAAUCGAAACCUAUCACCUCUGUUCAAGGCCGCAAAGCAGGAUUCCUCACGACCACCUUCAGGUCUAAGGCAGGAAAUCCAGCAUGCACCCAUCCAAUCUCUCAUGGCAGAGUUGCCCGACAGCAGCCCAUCGAGACCAACAAAUCCGCACCGACGUGCGUCUACCCAGGCUGAGAAGGCUGCUCUUGCGUAUUUACAGACCCAUGUUUCGAAUGCUCCAACAAUGCCUACGCUACCGUUGCCUCGAACGGCCCCUUCCGAGCUUGAUGGGGUAGGAGUCGUGGCGUCUCCUGCGCCUACCGGUGUCACCCCACCUGGUGCGAAUGCAUUCAAUACAAAAAGCAUCGAAGAUGACCUCAAGCGCAUGUUGAAGCUCACUGGUGGAAUCAAAUGAAUCAGUCUUCCGCUUCACAUUCUCUUUUCUGCAUUUCCUUAGUAAGAUAUGAAGAGAUUUGCACAAAGUCCGGUGCAGAGUCUUUGAUUAUUUCACCUCUGACGGCGGAUCCUCAGAUGCAUCUGUUUCCACGUGGUUUUAUGGAUGGAACGAUCUAUCUGCGGGACCAUUGCAAAAUCUGCUCUGGAGAUAAUUCGCGAUAUACUUUUUCUUUUCACUUCUUUGAAUGAUCUUACUUCAUUCUCCUUCUCCGCACCUGAACACAACAUGACAUAACUACAGCGUUCAUUUGUUAUAAUUGACAUGACAUAUUCGAUCGACUGACAGACACAUCAAACUCACGACCCAAGGUUACGUGAACGACGUGGCGUUUGGCUCACAGUUUCAAGCUACCGUAUCUCUUCUGCUUGUUGCGUUCAACGCAUAUCGACACGUUAUAUCACUAUAGUAAGGCGUUAUACGAGAGGCGGACGGAUCAUUUACGCCAUCACAACGCAACAUCUUUGUUGCUCGAGGAUGCACAUCGUUAUGAUUUAUUAGCAGACCGAACGAGAGGUGCCAUCUCGGGAAAGAGUAGAGAGAGCUGCGAUUAUAGUCACAAAUAUCCACCAAAUUCAGCACCAAAUUCAUUGUGGACUAAACGGUGCUAAACACAGACACAUCCCUUCGAAAAGAAAAAAAAAUAACCCCCCAACAAACCAACCCCAAAAAAAUUAUAUUGAGUAGCAUAGAACAUAGUGUUCUGACAUUCUUAUGAAUGAGAAACUUGGCUUUGCUGCUCAAAUUACUCCUGUCUUUGACAUUUCUUAAUGCGGAUUAUUUUGAUGUCUAACAGCGCAGGUCUGCCUAA